AUGAAUGUGUUUGAAGGAGCUUUCGUCAAGAAUGUCGUAAAAUGGAGCAAUGCUCGAAAUCUACAGAGUGUAGCAAGAAGAUUAGCACCAACAGCAUCAUCUAUAUCGAGAUCCGUACCACGAUCAUUUUGUACGAGUAUCAGAACUGUGUAUCAGCUGCAGUACAGGACGUUUUCGACAAAACCAUUAGAGAUAAGUCGUGCUGAAACUAGUCGUAAGAAGAAGGGUGUUCGUGGAGUUGGAGCUGACGAGCUUUCAUCAUCACCUGUGCCGGUACAACGUGCAACAGCAUUCUGCACCGCAGAAGAAUAUAACAUCGAAAUCCUCCUACCCCUAUUACAACGCCACUAUGCCAUGCAACCAUAUAUUACUGAAUUCGUCUACCAUUUCAAACUGCGAGAUAGUAACUUACCCGAAGGAGGUCCAGAAGCCUUCUUUUUCGAUGACGGGACUUUUGUAACGUGGGGUGCAACACCUGAACAGAAUGAAUUAUUAUUGCUUCAGAUCAAGGCUGCUGAGAUUAAUGGAUAUCGGGGGCCUGAGAAUGAGUUUUUUGAUUACUUUCAGGAUCCAGAACAGGUCAGCACAAUGGUAGGAGACACCAUAGUAGUAGGCUCCGACCUAGCUCCCUACCAAGCAAAACUAGCCUUCUCAUCAGGAAUGGCGCGAUCUGUAAAACUAGGUGCCCUCGAGUCACUCCUUGACACGCACCUUUCCAAAAACCGUCACAUCCCAUCCGUCCUCUUAUCAGGUCGCAAACUACCACUGUCUCGACGAGCAGUCCUGCAAUCUCUAGGUGAAUUAUUCUCGUUACGUGGUAACCUCAACCUCCAUAACGAAUUACUGGAUUCUCCAGACUUCUUGUGGAGUUCGAAAAAUAUGGAAAAGUUAUUUGAUAGGAUUUCCAGGAACUUGGAUGUUGUGCCUCGUAUUGCGGUGUUUAAUAAGAAGCUGGAUUAUGCUAAUGAGUUGGCGGAUGUGCUGAGAAAUCAUUUGCAUGAACAGCAUUCGCUAAAGUUGGAGUGGGCUAUUAUUAUUCUUAUUGCUAUUGAGAUUGGAUUUGAGUUGGUUCAUUACGCCGAACGAUUGGGAUAUGUCGACUUGGAUGUUUUGGCAAAGAAACAGCCCAGCAAGCUGGAGAAUAUGGAAAAUAUGGACUCAUCAAAUGUCCCUCCUGAAGUUCUGGAGGAAAUACAGGCUGCUAUAGACUCGUCAUCGUCGACAUCAUCAAAAUCGAACUAA